CCACUCUUCUUUUUGUUUUCAUACAGAAUGGCAGACGUACCCCAAGUCGAGGAAAUCAAGGUGACCUCGUCGCCGCUGCUCGCAGCCGCCAAGCACCUCGGCGAAUACUGCGACACUCCUAACCGCGCGUACAUGCAAUGCCGCUUUGACAAGAAGAAUCCUGAGCUCUGCCUAGAGGAGGGCCGUUACGUGACAGAGUGCACUGCUGAAUUCUUCAAGGUGCUCCGGGGUAACUGCAACGAGCGCUUCACCGAGCUCUGGCAGUGCCUGGACAAGAACAACCAAGAUUUCCGAUUCUGCUCUGCCGCCCAGAAGGCACUGGCAGCUUGUGCGAAGGAGAAGAUGAGCUUCCUUGGUCACUAAUCGAUGGCACCAAACCGCUUUGUGUUUCUUGAUUGCGUUUCGCAAGACCCAAAAAGUGCAUCAAUACAAAAAUUCUGUUUAUUCC